UUGUGCUCUAUAUAAGCUUCAGACAAUGUUGGCAAUGGCAUCAGUCGUCAUCGACAUUUUUUCGUUCAACAUGAAAAUCUUUCUCUGCUUGCUGGCCCUAACUGCAGUCAAUGCGGGAUUCAUUGGCGGCGGAGGAGGUGGAGGAUCAUCACACGGAGGCUACAGUGGUGGUGGUGGCUCCUCGCACAGCGCUGGCGGUGGCGGUGGCUACAGUUAUGGCGGAGGUGGCGGUGGCGGAGGCUACAGCUAUGGAGGCGGUGGCGGCGGCGGCGGCGGAGGUGAUGAACAUCAUCAUCAUGGAGGUGGCGGCGGAGGUGGAGCUCCUGUAAAAAUCAUUAAAGUUAUUCAUGAAAGCGCUCCAUCUGGCGGUAGCGGUUGGUCAGCUGGUGGAGGCGGUGGUGGCUGGUCAGCUGGUGGCGGCGGUGCUGGCAGCUAUGGUGGUCAUGGUGGUGGCAGCGGCGGCGGCGCCCAGGAAGUGAAAAUCAUCAAAAUCAUCUCACAGCAGCCAGCAGGAGGUCAUGGUGGUGGUGGCUGGUCUUCAGGUGGCUCUUCUGGUGGAUGGUCCUCUGGUGGCAGCUCUUCAGGUGGUUGGUCCUCGGGUGGUCAUGGUGGCGGCGGUCACGGCAGCGGCGGCGGCGAUGUGUCAGCAGUCAAGAUCAUCAAAAUCAUCUCGGAGAGCGAUUCUGGAGCUGGCGGUGAUGCUGGUGGCUGGUCUUCCAGUGGCUCCUCCUCCGGUGGUGGUGGUGGCUGGUCAUCAGGCGGCUCCUCGGGCGGAGGCUGGUCCUACGGCGGAGGCGGAGCCUCCAGUGGUGGCUGGUCCCAGCCCGGUGGAAGUGGCAGCUGGUAA